GUAUUCUUGCUGCUGGUUGGCUGGAGCGGCCGAGGGAGGAAAAUGGCUGCGAAUUCUUCGGUAGUCUCGGUGGCAGCGGCCGCCACGGCGGUGCCGGGCGUAUCCACUGUCGCGGAUUUUUCAGACUUGCAGGAAAUUAAAAAGCAGCUGCUGCUCAUCGCGGGCCUCACUCGGGAGCGGGGCCUGCUGCAUAGCAGCAAAUGGUCUGCGGAGUUGGCCUUCUCUCUGCCCGCCUUGCCUUUGUCGGAGCUGCAGCCGCCGCCGCCUCUGACAGAGGAGGACGCGCAGGAUGUGGAUGCUUACACCCUGGCCAAGGCCUACUUUGAUGUUAAAGAGUAUGACCGGGCGGCACAUUUCCUUCACGGCUGCAAUAGCAAGAAAGCCUAUUUCCUGUACAUGUAUUCCAGAUACCUGUCUGGAGAGAAGAAGAAGGAUGACGAAACAGUUGAUAGCCUAGGACCCCUAGAGAAGGGACAAGUCAAAAACGAGGCUCUCAGAGAACUGAGAGUGGAACUCAGCCGGAAGCACCAGGCUCGGGGACUUGAUGGAUUCGGCCUUUACCUGUAUGGGGUGGUGCUUCGGAAACUGGACUUAGUGAAAGAGGCCAUUGAUGUGUUUGUGGAGGCUACUCAUGUUUUGCCUUUGCACUGGGGAGCCUGGUUAGAGCUGUGUAACCUGAUCACAGACAAAGAGAUGCUGAAGUUCCUGUCUUUGCCUGACACCUGGAUGAAAGAGUUCUUCUUGGCUCACAUAUACACAGAACUGCAGCUGAUAGAGGAGGCCCUGCAGAAGUAUCAGCAUCUCAUUGAUGUGGGCUUUUCCAAGAGCUCGUACAUUGUUUCCCAAAUUGCAGUUGCCUAUCACAAUAUCAGAGAUAUCGACAAAGCCCUUUCUAUUUUCAAUGAGCUGAGGAAACAAGAUCCUUACAGGAUUGAAAAUAUGGACACAUUCUCCAACCUUCUCUAUGUCAGGAGCAUGAAGUCUGAAUUGAGUUACCUGGCGCAUAACCUCUGUGAAAUUGAUAAAUACCGAGUAGAAACAUGCUGUGUAAUUGGCAAUUAUUACAGCUUACGCUCCCAGCAUGAGAAAGCAGCUUUGUAUUUCCAGAGAGCCCUAAAGUUGAAUCCUAGGUACCUUGGGGCCUGGACACUGAUGGGGCACGAGUACAUGGAGAUGAAGAACACGUCUGCAGCUAUUCAGGCUUACCGACAUGCCAUUGAGGUCAACAAGAGAGACUACAGAGCUUGGUAUGGCCUUGGGCAGACUUACGAAAUCCUUAAAAUGCCAUUUUAUUGCCUUUAUUAUUAUAGACGGGCCCACCAGCUUCGUCCCAAUGAUUCUCGCAUGCUGGUUGCCUUAGGAGAAUGUUAUGAGAAACUCAAUCAACUAGUGGAAGCCAAAAAGUGUUAUUGGAGAGCAUAUGCCGUGGGAGACGUGGAGAAAAUGGCUCUUGUGAAGCUGGCCAAGCUUCAUGAACAGUUGACUGAGUCAGAGCAGGCUGCCCAGUGUUACAUCAAAUACAUCCAAGAUAUCUAUUCCUGUGGGGAGACCGUGGAGCACUUGGAGGAGAGCACAGCCUUCCGAUACCUGGCCCAGUACUAUUUUAAGUGCAAGCUGUGGGAUGAAGCUUCAACUUGUGCCCAAAAAUGUUGUGCAUUCAAUGAUACCCGGGAAGAAGGUAAGGCCUUGCUCCGCCAGAUCCUACAGCUGAGGAACCAAGGGGAGACACCCACCUCUGACACGCCGGUUCAGCUUUAACUUCCUGGAACUGCUGAGUGGAGGCAGACGCUGCCAGCCUCUGUGACCGCCGGAGGAGGGACAGCCCCCCUGACUGUUGUGCCGCUGGCUGCUGUUUGGCUUCCUGCAACAGAGUUUCUAGCUCUUCAAUUUUUUCAUCCCGCUCCUAAGAGGGAAGGAGAGAGCACAGUUGUCCAGGGUCAGACAAACGCCAGAGGACCAGACUAAAAGAACCUAAGCAUCCUGUCCGUACCAUUCACGCUGACGUUAGCCUGCAGCACACUUCAUACUGAGCUCAUCCCUCAACUUAAACUCAAUAGCUGCACGAUACUAAGGGAACCUAAUAAACAUUAAUUAUAGUAUAUACUACUGUUCUUUCUAGAGUUUAUAAAACUUAGUUUGAGGCUGGCCAGAGCGACAAUAGUGAGACCCUAUCUCAGAAACCCAUAAGAUGCUGGCAGUGGCGGUGGUGGUAGGUAGUGUGUGCCUUUGUCCCAAGCACUUGGGAGGCAGAGGCAGGUGGAUCUGAGUUACGGCCAGCCUGGUCUACAUACAGAGUGAGUUCCAGGACUUUGUUUUUGUUUGGUUGGCUUGGUUUUUCAAGACAGAGUAAAAGUAGACAUUUGUUUGCUCUGACCCAAAUGAUGGAAGCCGAGUGGCUGUUGAGACUGGCCAGGAUAAACUCACCUGGAUCUGCUCUUGGUAGAAAGUUGUCAGUGAUUCCUUCAGGAUCUUCAGUUUCUCCUCGUACAGUUCCUCCAUCAGUUCCUUUUGGUUGUCCAAACGCUCACUGUCAGAAAGUGGUAGUGAGGAUCCUGAGUGAAGCUGGAGAACAGAGCCUACACCCCACUGCUGUCCCUGUCACAGGGGCUGGGCUAGCAGUACCUGCACCACUGCUCCCGCUGUUGCAUCUGUUCCACCAUUUCGUUGCAAAUUUCCUCUCGGAGCUGUAUCUCCAACUGCAGCUUUUCUUGUCGUUCUUUUAAAAGUAGCGCUUUCAUGGCUUCCACCACCUGGAGUAGUUCCUAGAAGACCACACCUAUGAGCCCCCCUGCACUUUUUAAAAAGCCCCAUAUCGACCAGGACACCUUGUAGCACAUGUCCAGCCACCAAGCUGCCACAACCGAACUGCCUUGUGUCCUCACCUCCUUGCCAUACACGGAGACGUCAGCUUCGUCUUCAGGACUGUCCUCAAGGUCUGAGUCGGCCUUGUCCUCUUUCUCUAAGCCAGGGCCAACCUGAGGACUGUGCUUCUUGAUGAAUGAAUGCAGGGAUGGGAUUCCCAGAUGCACAGGUGGGGCGUGCACAAGCUGGAAGGGGAAAAAAAAUCUCAAUUGACUCCUUAACUAGAGCUAUUUGUUUUUAUUUUUCGAGGCAGGGCUUCUCUGUGUAGCCCUGGAUGUCCUGGAACCCACACUCUGUAGACCAGGCUGGCCUCGAACUCAGAAAUCUGCCUGCCUCUGCCUCCCAAGUGCUGGGAUUAAAGGCAUGCACCACCACUGCCCGGCUCCUAAGAGCUAUUUUAAGAUUGCCAGUCCUGCGGGGUGGUAGUGGCUCAUGCCUUUAAUCCCAAGCACUCCAGAUGCAGAGGCAGAUGGAUCUCAGCCUGGUUUACAGAGUGAGUUCUAGGAUAGCUGGACUACACAGUGAAACCCUGACUCAAAAGACCAAAAAAAAUUGCAUCCAAGGAAAAUACAAUCAUUAUGUGUAUAGCUUCUCACCUGGCUGGCUAGGGCUGAGAAUUUGGCUGCAUGAAGAGUCUCGUCAUAUGUAGAUGCACAGGGAUUCACAUUGACAAUCAUACAGGAACGACCUCGACCUGUGAAGAAGCCUUGGAACACACGAGUCAACUUGCUGUCACGGAAAGGAAUCAGGUUCUGCUUUGACCUUGUACAGAAUCAGAUAAAAAGCAUUGUGAGUAUAAGUGCAGCCUUUGGCAGGGUGUGUGUGUAUCCAAGCACCACCCUCAGGGCUGACCAGGAACUGAGCAAAGGGCCAGGCCCAGGCCACCGCAGCCUACAGCUUACCGGUUCUGCUGAUUCUGUCGCAGGGCAGCAAUACAGCGGCCCAGGGUGUGCAGAGAAGUGUUAAUGUUCCCUGCCUCCUUUAGCCGCUCACCACUUUUUUGAUGUUUGCAGCGCUCAGAGCCAGCCAGGUCACAGAGUGACAGUCUGGAGUAAAGCAUAGGAGCUGAUGUAAGGAACUCAUAGUUUGUUCUAUAAUUCCUCUCUCUAGGGAAGGGCCCUUCCAAGCUGUUUAUAUCAAAAGAAGGGAAAGAGCAAAUUCCUUUGAGAAGUUCCCUUCUGCCCCCAUAACCACAUGGCCAAGAUGAUCAAAUUUCUAAGUGGGGAAACUUACUCACUGAUCUUGGGCACUAUAUCCCCUUCUCCCUGAAGGUGCAAGAUUCUGAUUGAGAAGAUGCUGUGACUGAAAAGGAAAAGGGAAAAAUUACUCUAUAACUUCUAUGAUCAGGUGGAAGGCUAAAGCUAUCUAGAUACAGUCAAGAGUCAAUUCCCACAGCAGACCUGCGGCUGGAUUGCUGGUUCAUGUGGGUGCUGGCAAAGCUCUGGUUCUUGCGACCCACUUUCAAUAGUUUCCAGGCUUCCUCAACAUCACGAACAUGAAUCCAAUUGAGAUCUGGAGCCAAGAGAGUAAGGUGGAACACUUGACCCCUCCUCUCAUUUCCCCAUGUCCCUCCAGGGUUCCUGCCAACCUCCUCUACCUUUGCAUACCUUUCACGUAAGGAUUGCCGUUCUGAUCCUCACACAGCCGAAGUGUCUGUCUCUUAUGCUGAUGGCUAGGUGGUUCUAACAGGUCAUAAAGCAAUUCAUUGUAGAUCUCAAAGAAGGAGAUCCAGACAGAGAAGCGAAUGUCUGCUGGAACACUUACUGGGACAGUGUCUGGUUGUGCCCAUAAUUGACUUGUUUCUGUGAAAAAACCCAAUAUAUACAUGUAUGUCAUUAA